AACUCUGCAGAGAAAGCUGAGAAAGACAUCAAACCCUUAAGGUAGAACCAUGGACAACAGAGUUAUUCUACUGAUCACUCUCUGCAUUUGCAUGGCACUGGCUCAGAACAACAUGAUGAGCCAACGAUGCAGCUGUCGCAGAGUUCGUGAGAGGUUUGGGCCACCGAAACAAAUUAUGGACAUCCAAAUCCUCCCUCCUACCCAUUCCUGUGACAGACUGGAGAUUGUGGUGAGUCUUAAAAAUGGUCUGCAGUACUGUUUGAAUCCAAAGGCUGAGAAUGUACAGAACAUUAUCAGAUCCAUUGUUGAAAUGAAGAAAAAAAUGACCACAGCUCCGAAGCCCACUUCCUCCAGUGCCAGCGAUGAGUGAGGCAAGCACAGACCCUGACCCUGCAAGCAGACCCUCGCAUUUCCUGAACAACCUGCUUAAAGAUGCCAUAAACGUUAUUUUCCUUUCAUUUUAGUAUAAGCUAACAGAAAUCAUGGACUGUGCUUUGUGUAUGUUUCAGUAUAUUUCUCCUUACCUGAUUUGAAAAAAAAAAAAAAAAAAAAAAAAUGCAGUAAAAAAAAUAAACAUGUUGACAUGUGA